AUGCCUCUAUUUCGAAUGAAGACGGUGUUCCCCUUGGUCGCUUUGGUGACCAUUGGAAUCUUCUUCUUUUGCAUGGAACGAUACGACCGCUCAGCUUUCCUUCGUUUCAAGCACCCUAUUGAUCGGGCCUCCUUCAGUGGAAACAAGCAGCCCCAAGUACAAACGCCGGGAGAAUCUGAUUCACAGCAGCCGGCCAGCCUCACCUGUGAGGCCGACCCGAAAUUGGCCGCUCCCUUACCCUUCCCUGAAUGGCUCCCACGCAAGAACUACACUCGCGCCUAUUUCCGUCCUCGUCAUGUGAACCCUCGCACCGAAUUCCACACUUUGGAGGAAAUUGAGAAUCCUGUGCUUCCCCCCAUGGUGAUCAUGGAGCGCGGUAUGGUUGUGUCUCCCGAGAACAAGCCGGAAAACUUUGUCUGCCCCGAGAUCGUCGAAGUCGAUGUUGCCGCCGAUGACGAUGUAGAGGAGACCUCCAAGCUCCUUUUCGGUCUGGCCACUACUGUCGACCGUCUGGACCGCCUUCUCCCCUCUCUACUUUACUCCUACGGAAACACCAAGGCCGGUCUGAUCGUGUUGGUCCCUGAGUCUGACGACGACCUGGAGAAGCAAGAGACCUACUUCCGCAACCGCGGUCUAGACUUGACUCUCAAGGCCUCUCCGCUCGAUUUCACGGCCCGCUACUUUGGUAUGGUUGAGGCGUUCACUGAGCAUAUUCGCAAGCACCGCCCGCACACCACCUGGGUUGGGUUCAGCGAUGACGAUACCUUCUUCCUUUCGCUUCCCACCAUCGCCGAGGAACUGAAGCUCUUUGAUGAGAGCAAGAAGCACUACAUUGGAUCUUUGUCUGAAGCCAGCUGGCAGGUGGACACUUUCGGCCACAUUGCUUUCGGCGGUGCCGGCGUGUUUGUCUCGACACCUCUUUUGGAAGUCUUGAUGAAGCACUACGAUGAGUGCCAAUCCUGGGGCGAGCAGCCCGGUGACCAGAAGCUUGGCCAGUGUAUCCAACGCUUCGGUGACACCCCCUGA